AUGCAAAACAUGCAGGUCGUGGUGAGGCGUUUGGGUUCUGCCAGAGGCGUCCUGUCUGUGUGCCAAUGGCCGGAGAAACACUCUUUGCUCAGACGACUGUCAGCCAAGGCCCAGAGCCCCCGUCCCAUCCUCUCCGUCGCCCCCAUCCGAGCUCUGGUGGAUGAGAAGUUCAAGGUGUCGGUGGAGAAUCUGCCUCCGGCGGCUCCAGUGACGGUCCAUUCCCUGCACCAGUCGGAGGACCAGGACUGCUGGGAGGCCUACGGACACUAUAUCAGUGACCACAGGGGCACUGUGUCAGUUUCAGAAGAUUUGAGCUUCGGGGGAACAUACUCAGGUAAAGAGCCCAUGGGUUUGCUGUGGAGCAUGCGUCCGGUUCCAGGCAGCCGCUUUGGACUCAGGUUAAGGAAGAUGGACGUCUGUGCUCCCAUGCUGGUCAACAUCUCCGUCUUCAGUGGUCAUGAAGGAUUCAGGGAACACACUCCUCUGGCCUCAGUAGUAACAGAGAGAUGGCACGUGGCUCCAGGGGUCCAGAGGGUGGAAGUUACCAUUAAAGGAAUGCGAGGAACCCUGUUCAUACCUCCAGGUCUAGGAGCCUUUCCUGGGGUACUAGAUAUUUGGGGAGGUGGUGGAGGGCUUCCGGAGUAUCGUGCUGCUUUGCUGGCAUCCCAUGGUUACGCUACUAUGGCACUGGAGAAUUUUGCCCUUGAUGAUCUGCAGGGUAAAAACCUAGAUCUGAACUAUUUUGAGAUGGCACUUGAUAAGCUUAAGAACCAUCCUCAGGUGAUAUCAGACAGAGUUGGAGUUGUAGGUCUUUCCCUUGGUGCCAUUUUUUUGUUAUACCUGACAGCUAAGAGCCCCACAUUCAAGCCUCAGUGUUGUGUCAGCAUCAGUGGCAGUAACGUUUGGUCAUCUGACAACACCCUGAAAGGAGUCUAUAAAACGUUGUUCAGAAAAUUCGACAAGUUACGUCUGGGUGAGAACGACAGCCACAUUUGGCAAGAUGUGGGCCUAGAAUUCAUCCAUGACCCCACAAAUGUAGUGGACGUGGGGAAAAUAAACUGCCCACUGCUGCUGGUCAGUGGCGCAGACGAUCAGAACUGGCCCACGUCAGAAUUCGCUAAGCUGAUGACCCAGAUGCUGCGUUCAGCAGGAAAGGAGCACCUGGUGACCUCAGUGAUCUACUAUGAUGCUGGACAUCUGAUCGAACCUCCCUUCUCACCUCAUUUCAGAGCUACUGCAUUUAAAGUCAGAGGCAACGAGCAGAACGUUAUAAUGCUGUGGGGAGGACACACCAAACCUCAUGCAGAUGCUCAGGAAGACUCCUGGACCAAGAUUUUGACUUUCCUGAAGCAGCAUCUGUACAGCAGUGACUGAAGUGAUGAAUCUGACCAAGAUCGGCAUCCAGGACUUUAGACCUGGUAGUGAUUCUGUAUUGACUGUGUACUCUACCGUACAAAGCUUAAGUGCAGUCAGAUUCAGAUGAAAGUAUUUACUUUAAUCUUGACAUUUACUAUGAAUAAACCUUUACUGUUAUAAUUAACAUUUUAAUUUGAUUAUAAAUUACAACAUAGCACCAAGAUGCGGCAUUAAACAGACUGACUGUAUACCUGAGGAAAAAUGUGUAUUUACUGCUAUUUUGAACUACCUAGAAAAAAUAAUAAACCGUCUGAGAACCGAA